CUGUCCAGUUAUUAUUCGCAUGAGCAUCUGCAAAAUAAAAAAGAAGACUUAACAGUAGACACAUCAGAAUUUCACACUCCAAUUUAGGGUUUACCUUUAUUCGCACUUCUCAGUGUGCCACCCAUUUCCUCCGCCGCAGCCGUCAGCAGCAAUGGCAGACACAUCUUCUCCUCCGACGGACCAACUCGCAGUCACCACCCUCGACGAAGAGGUACCCAAGGCCCAAUUCUCGGAUCGCGUCCCGAUCCGCUCCAUCAUUUCCCGCCCCGACGGCGGCUCGGGCUUGGCCGGCCGGAAGGCGCGCGUCGGUGGCUGGGUCAAGACUGGUCGGAAAGCCGACAAAGACGCCUUCGCCUUCCUCGAAAUUAACGACGGCAGCUGCGCCGGUAACCUCCAAGUUAUCGUUGAAGCCUCGCUUGGCGAACUCGGUCAACUCGUACCCACUGGAACUUGCGUCGUCGUCGACGGCCACCUCAAGCUUCCUCCCGCCGGCACCAAACAGAAGAUCGAACUUCGCGCCGAUAAGGUCCUCCACGUCGGCCCAGUCGAUCCCGCCAAAUAUCCUCUGCCCAAAAUGAGACUUACUCUUGAGUUCCUCAGAGAUUUCGUUCAUCUUCGUUCAAGAACCAACACGAUAUCUGCGGUCGCUAGAAUUAGAAAUGCUCUUGCAUAUGCUACGCAUACUUUUUUCAACAAAGAAGGGUUUCUUUACGUGCACACACCGAUUGUUACCACGAGUGACUGUGAGGGUGCGGGUGAGAUGUUUCAGGUGACGACUUUGCUGAGCGAGGCUGAGAGAUUGGAGAAGGAGUUGUUGCAGAAUCCGCCUCCUACGGAGGCAGAUGUGGCAGCGGCUAGGUUGGUUGUUAAGGAGAAAGGGGAUGUUGUGUCUCAGUUGAAAGCUGCCAAGGCGACUAAGCCAGAGAUUGGUGCUGCUGUGGAUCAGCUUAAGAAGGCGAAGGAGAGUUUGGCUAAGGUGGAGGAGAGGUCCAAGCUUAAGCCUGGGAUUCCUAAGAAGGAUGAUGGAAAGGUGGAUUAUGGGAAAGAUUUCUUUGCACGUCAAGCGUUUUUGACGGUUUCAGGUCAGCUUCAAGUUGAGUCUUAUGUGUGUGCACUUAGCAGUGUGUAUACCUUUGGCCCCACUUUUCGCGCGGAGAAUUCUCACACUUCCAGGCAUUUGGCUGAGUUUUGGAUGGUAGAACCUGAGAUAGCGUUUGCAGAGUUGAAGGAUGAUAUGAACUGUGCCGAGGCGUAUGUGAAAUUUUUGUGUCAGUGGUUACUUGACAACUGUCUUGAGGAUAUGGAGUUUAUGGCUGAUAAGUUUGAUAAAGGUUGCAUUGAUCGUUUGAAGUUGGUUGCUUCCACCCCCUUUAUUCGAGUUUCGUAUACAGAAGCAGUGGAAAUACUAGAAGACGCUGUGAAGAAUGGUAAAAAAUUUGAGAAUGAAGUGAAAUGGGGUAUUGACUUAGCAUCUGAGCAUGAAAGAUUCCUGACAGAGGUAAAAUUUCAGAAGCCAGUCAUUGUCUAUAACUAUCCAAAAGAAAUCAAAGCAUUCUACAUGCGGCUCAAUGAUGACUUAAAAACAGUGGCUGCUAUGGAUGUGCUUGUACCAAAGGUGGGAGAGCUAAUUGGUGGAAGCCAAAGAGAAGAGCGUUAUGAUGUUAUUCAGUCAAGAAUAAAGGAAAUGGGUUUGCCUCUUGAGCCAUACGAGUGGUACCUUGAUCUGAGGCGGUAUGGAACAGUGAAACAUGCGGGAUUUGGGCUUGGCUUUGAAAGAAUGAUUCUCUUUGCAACCGGCCUGGAAAAUAUUAGAGAUGUGAUUCCCUUUCCACGAUAUCCAGGCAGAGCUGAUCUAUAAUCUUUCUCUUUCUGAUAACUAGUGGUUGUCAUUCUCUUGCUCUAGUAGUUGAGUUGAAAAAUAGUAAUUAUAUAUAGCAUUUAAUUUUUUUUUUGUGGUUGCAGACACCACGAGUGGGUCUUUGAGAUUCUCUUUUUGGCCGAACUAAUUUAUUUUUAAAGGAUUCUGGGUCUUGUUGAUCUGUUACUUCAAUUUUUUUUAAUAUCCACCUUUAUAUUUGUUUUAUUA